CCGCUUCCCAAACUACACUUCCCAAGCUCCCUCCUGGGCGGGGCGCGGGGCGGAGCGCGGCUGGUGCCGGCCGUAGGGAGAGCAGGAUGCCGGAGAUGGCGGCGGCGGUGGAAAUGCGGCUGUAGCGCUGCCGCUCUGUCUCUCUGUGCUUCGCCUCGGGCCGCGCCUGAGCGAGGAGCACCUGUGAGGAAGCGGGGCUGCCGCCCCGGGGCGGCUCGGACUGCGCUGUGCCUCCCGCCCAAUAAAGAAGAAUGUCUUUGUUUAAAGCUAGAGACUGGUGGUCCACCGUACUUGGAGAAAAGGAAGAAUUUGACCAAGGCUGCCUGUGUGUUGCUGAUGUUGAUAAUAGUGGCAGUGGACAAGAUAAAGUUAUUGUGGGCAGUUAUAUGGGAUACCUCCGAAUCUUUAAUCCACAUCCUGUGAAACCUGGAGAUGAAGUACAGCCCGAAGACUUACUCUUGGAAGUGCAGUUGCGAGAACCAAUAUUGCAGGUGGAAGUGGGAAAAUUUGUUUCUGGUACUGAAGGACUUCAUCUGGCUGUGUUGCAUUGCCGAAAACUCUGUGUAUAUGCUGUUUCAGGAACUCUGGGAAAUGUGGAACAUGGGAACCAGUAUCAGAUUAAACUGAUGUAUGAGCACAAUCUUCAGAGAACUGCUUGUAAUAUGACUUAUGGUCCAUUUGGUGGUGUAAAAGGUCGAGAUUUGAUAUGCAUACAGUCCAUGGAUGGGAUGCUUAUGUUGUUUGAACAGGAAAGCUAUGCUUUUGGCCGCUUUUUACCCGGUUUUCUUCUGCCUGGUCCCCUGACUUACAGCUCUCGCACAGAUUCUUUCAUUACAGUGUCUUCAUGUCAACAGGUUGAGAGUUACAAAUACCAAGUGCUGGCAUUUGCGACAGAUGCUGAUGAAAGACAAGAAACAGAACAGCAAAAACUUAGCUCUGGAAAAAGGCUUGUGGUGGAUUGGGUUCUAAACAUCGGAGAGCAAGCACUGGAUAUAUGCGUUGUCUCAUUUAAUCAGGGAGUUUCUUCUGUUUUUGUGCUUGGUGAGAGAAACUUCUUUUGCCUUAAGGAUAAUGGGCAAAUACGAUUUAUGAAAAAGCUUGAUUACAGUCCGAGUUGCUUCAUUCCUUAUUGUUCAGUGCAAGAAGGAACAAUAAACACUUUAAUUGGAAAUCACAAUAAGAUGUUGAAUGUUUAUCAAGAUGUUACACUGAAAUGGGCCACUCAACUUCCCCACAUUCCUGUAUCAGUAAAAGUAGCGAAUUUUCAAGACUUGAAGGGUGUUAUAGUCACUCUGACUGAUGAUGGGCAUCUUCAGUGUUCAUACCUUGGAACUGAUCCUUCAAUCUUCCAGGCUCCUAAGGUUGAUGCUAGGGAAAUAAACUAUGAAGAAAUGAAUGCUGAAAUGAAAGAGCUUCAAAAAAUCAUCAGGGAGGCCACAAAAACACAAGAUAUUUUGCCUGAAUCUGAAAAACAGAGAGAUCUAACUGUCACAGCAGAAGUUUCACCUGAUUUGGAUGCAGAAUCUCAAGCCAUUGAGAGUGAAGUAAAAGCAGAGGCAGUACCAUCAGUCACAGUAAAGAUAACAGUACAGAGCAGAGUGGCUGCGCAGAAACCGAGCCUGGCAGUCUGUGUGCAAGCUCCGUUAGCAGUGACCUGUGACCAGUUCGUCUUUGAUGAUUUAGAACCAGAUUCAUCUGAAACUGUGGUCCUGUCUGUCUUUUUGAAGGGGAAUUGUAUUCCAUCAGAACUAGAAGGAAAUUGCAUGGUUUCAUAUAAUAUACCAACAGAGCUCAAUCCUGAAGGAAUACCGAGAGUUGCGCAGUGUAACUUCAGUCUGCCUUUGCGGUUAGUUUGCUUUCCAUCUCAGCCUUCAAAAGCAGCAAACCACAAGCUAACUAUUGAUACCAACAAACCUCCUGUCACUUUUCUCACCAUUUUUCCAGACUUUGUUGAUCCAUCUGAGGGUGACCAGGCAAAUGCUCUGGGAUUUCUAUUUUUAACUGGUUCAAAAACCACUCUUCUUGCUUCAAAAACAUCACAACGAUAUAGGAUCCAGAGCGACCAGUUGGAAGACCUUUGGCUGAUAACGAAAGAGCUCACACGCCGACUAGAGGAACAUUUCAAGAAGCAAAACUGCAAAGAUUUUGCAUGUACCUUUUCUGGUUCAAUUCCCCUGCAAGAAUAUUUUGAACUAAUUGAUCGACAUUUUGAGCUACGUUUGAAUGCUGAAAAAUUUCAGGAGCUGUUAUCUGAAAGGGCCGUACAGUUUCGAGCUAUUGAGCGACGACUGCUGACACGAUUCAAAGAUAAAACUCCUGCUCCUCUUCAACAUCUGGACACCUUGCUAGAAGGAACAUUCAGAGAGGUAAUAGCUCUAGCAGAUGCAGCAGAAGAAAAUCAAGCCAAUGUGUUCCAGGCAUUCACAAAGUUGAAAAGUGCCACCCAUCUGGUGAUUAUGCUGAUUAGUUUGUGGCAGAAGCUCAGCACUGAUCAAGUUGCUAUUCUGGAAGCUACGUUUUUGCCAUUAGCAGAAGAUACACAAGAGCUGGGUUGGGAAGAAACCGUGGAUGCUGCAGUUUCUUACUUGUUAAGAACUUGUUUGUCAAAGAGCUCUAAAGAGCAGGCCCUGACUCUCAGCAGCCAGUUGUGCAUGCCCAAAGAUACCAGCAGACUGAAGAAGAACAUCACCCUCUUCUGUGAUAGAUUGGCCAAAGGUGGUCGCCUUUCAUUAAGUACGGACUUGGCCACUCAGCAAGCUGCUGUCAUGCCAGGUGGCUGUGCUACAAUCCCAGAGUCUGAUUUAGAGGAAAGAACCGUUAUACCGGGCUCUACAGCAAUGUUUUCCAGUCACGGGCAGAUCACAAAGCAGAAAUCCAAGCAUGGUAUUUUGAAGAUCUGUAAGUCCAUGUUUUUUCCUGUAGCGUCUUUUUAUUAUUUUGUGGUUUGUCUGAGGAUGCAGCAGAGGAAGCAAAAAGCCAUGAAACCUGAAGACAACCCUCAGGAGGAAUUUCUAUCUGAUGUCUGAUGCAUUUAUAAUGCAGUAGUACUGAUACAUUUUAAUCUGUACUGAUUGCAGUUUCCAGGAGAGGACUGUGCUAAUUUAUUAAAAAAAAACCCCAAGCAAGUUACAUUCUAAUAAUUUUGGUUGGGUCUCCCUUAACAACUACUAGCAUCCUUUCUGUGAGCAAAGUUUAAGCACUUACCCAACUGUUGUAGGGGUGUUGUGUUGUAUUUUACAAUAUAUCAUCCCUUUCUGAGGAUUCAGUUGAUUGAUCAAAGACUGUUUACACAUAGUUAAAAGCAGCCUUUGUUUCAGGAUAUGUUUUAUCUUUUUAAAAAAGAUAUUCUGAACUGCACCUCCCUUUGAGAUUAUAUUAACAUUUGUUAUAUCACAGUUUUGACAAAAGAUAACUAUCUCGUUUCCUCUUGUACUAACGUUCACAAUUCCAGACAGCUGAAUUCACUACCAGAAGAAAAACUGGUAAUCCAUCAACUCUUUUUCUCCUCUCUCAUUGCUUAUACAGACUCCUGCUCUCUAGAGAUAUAGAGUAAAAUAUGGUUACUGGACAUAAAGGGCAAACCCUUUUGCCAUUAACUAUGUCACUAUGAAUGGGAAUAAAGUUUACACUGUAAGUACGUUGAACACAGCAA